GCGUUAUGGGGCGAUGUGGACUAAAUGGGGAUUAACAUUAAAGGAACCGGCAGCCCAUGGAAUGUUAUAUAUUAUUUAUAUUGUGUUAAAUGAUUACUUCUUUUUCACCAUUUGGACCGUUGUUAAGAAAUAAUUCCACCAAGCCGGUUAAAGCAUUUAAGGUUUGUAUAAUGAUUAUUUCAUAUUUUAAUAAUUCCACUAAGAAAACUCGUGGAGAAAAACCAUCCGAGACCGGUUUAAUUUAUUAUUUUUAUUACAAGAAAAAACCUUUUUUUUAAUGUAAAAACAGACUGUCAAAAAAUUUAAAUUUGACCUGAAAUUCAAAAUUAUUUGGGUUGUCAUCGUGAGAUGAUGGCCUACAAUUUUCCAAAAUAUUUAAAACAAUAACAAAAUCAAAAAUUAAAAAAAAAUGUUUUUUUUAUAAUUAUUGUUUGUUACUCAUCACAGUACAGAGUACUCAUAGUUCCAGCACUGUAAAUAACUAAUGUUAACUGUAAAUUGUCAUUUUACUAUUCAUACUCAUUCCAACCGUAGUCUGUCAUAGUCAUUCACAAGGUUUUUUUUUAAGGGGGCGGGGAAUUUUAUUUAUCAUAACAUUUUAAUUUUUAAUUUAACGUAUGAGUAGCUGAAAUUAUAUCUUAGAUUGAGUCUUAUUAUUUAUAAGUUGAGUUGACAGCCAAGCCCUACGCUGUAAUGUCUCUAACUAUGUCUAUGAUUAGUAUUAGUAUUAUUAGUAUGAUUGAUGCUAUUUAUGAUUCAUGACACAUUUUCAAGUAGAGGUUUCCACUACCUAGACUUGUCGAAUAAUCUAUAAAUAUAAAUAGCUAUAGUAUAGCUCGCAGUCCGGAACAAAUAAAGUUGUAAAAUUAAAAAAAAAAACACCAAAAAAACCAACUUAAUUAACUUAAUUAAUAAAAAAAUACUUUCAAUUAAAAAAAAACAACAACGUAAGACUAAAACAGAUUAUAAUUAUAAUAAAAAUGCUAAAAAGGAUAAAUCUAAAAAAAAAUUGACUGAAAAGCUUGUUUUGAAACUGGACUUGGUCAAAAUAAUUGAUACGUUCAGAUAAUGAUUAAUGACAUAAUAAUAAUAAUAAUAUAUCUUGUUCCUCUGUUUAUUUACUUCUUUAGAAUUUAUGCUUUUUGUGUGUGUGUGUGUGUAUAUAUAUAUAUAUAUAUAUAUAUAUAUAUAUAUAUAUAUAUAUAUAUUAUUUAUAUAUAAACACUAUAUAUUUUUUUUCUCUGUUUUUAUUUUUUUUUAAUAUAUAUUUUUUGUGUGUGUGUGUGUGUAUAUAUAUAUAUAUAUAUAUAUAUAUAUAUAUAUAUAUAUAUAUAUAUAUAUUAAUUAUAUAUAAACACCCUGGAAAGUCCUAAUUAAUUCUAUGAUUUCAAGUUAAGCAUACCUUGUCAGCCUUGUCCUUAUUAUAAUUCAAUAUUUUAGCAUAAAAUGAUGAUAACAUUAACUUUUAUAAAGAUGUUGACAUUGUUGAUCAUAGGAAUAUGAUAAUUUACGUGUUAUCCCUUUAAAAAAAAAAUUGAGAAUUUCUUGGUACCUAUUUUUAGAAGACACCGGAAUAUUAAAUCUUUAUUACUUUCUCAUAUGUAUUUCUUGUUAUCCUUAUAAAAGAGUACUAGUGUUCUUGAUAAUCAUAUUAUAUGUAAGAGUCUAGUAUAUAACCAGUUGCCGACAAUGACAAUUGGAAGGUGACAUGACAGUCUCAAGAAAUUAAUGGUUGUAGUUUAGCCAAACUUAUAGGAUUAUGACUACUAAAUAAUCUAAAUUCGUGAUUUUCUCUUUACUUAGGCCUGGGUAAGUUGUUUCAAUGACGAUGUUAAUUUAAAUUUAAGAUGUAUCAUAAUUAAUUAAUAAUUAUAUAAUUGAUUCAUAUUAUUUCAUCAUAAUCAUAUAAUCUAUAAUAAUUAUAAUAUAAUCAUAAUUGGCUAAAACCGAGGACGGCUGCCACGGCGUCUUUUGUGUCUUUAUUCUAGUUGAACUAGUUGCAGUAAUUAGGGUUUAGGGAUCGAUUUAGGGCUAGGGUUCAGGUUAGGCAUCCGCAUAGGCAUAGUCAUAGUAUAGGGAUCGAUUUAGGGAUACAUUCGAAUUCAACUCAUUUGUCAUUAGUCAUUAGUUCAUUAGUGAAAUUCGAUAAAAAAAGUGGCAGGCGUCCCCAUUUUUAACCUCAUAAUUUAUUUUAUAUAUGUAAAUGACUCAUACUCAUAUUAGUCAUAUUCACGCCAAUUUUUGAUGAUAUUGAUAUUAUUAUUAUUUUGAUUAUAAUCAUCAUCUUUAUUUUAUUUUUAUGUCACAACUGUCAAUUGUCAGUAUUGACUAUUUAAAAAAAUGAUUCAAUAUCAUUGAAUAAGUUAUAGGCUUAUUUGUUGUAUAAUUAUGAUGAGGAUAAUGUAUUAGUAUUAGUAUUUAUAAUUUAUUUUAUUAUAUUACAAUAUUACAAGUAUGUUAGAUACUCAAAGUCAUAGUUGUUACUUAGUGAAGUUAGUGUUAAACUACACAUUUACUACACAGUGCUAGUUCAUCUUCUAAAAGUAGAGGACACCAAUCCUCUAAAAGUAGAGAACACACCACACAUUUCCAUUUUUAAAUGUCCAAGACUGAGAAGGUACCAGUUUAUAAAAACAUGCAUUCAUUGACUUUGACAUUAGUCUUAUUAGUAGGGUAGGUAUUUUUAGAAAAUUUUCACUGCUUAGACUUAGGGCAGGGCUUAGUCCUUAGUAGUUGUAGUUACUUUUACAGUUACAGGCAGUCAGAUGGUGCACCACUUAGUAACUUCACAUCUUAAACUUAAAAUUAGUUUAUUUCUUAAAGUAUGUUGUAAAUUGGACAUCCUGUAUCAGUUUGUUAUUGGCUUGUACCAGUAGGCUAAAAUGUAAACAAAACAAUAAUAUUUUUGACAUGGAUGGAUGGACACCCUUCCCCCUUUUGUGUUACCCUUCACUGGCAUCAACCUGUUUCAGUACUUUGGAGAAGGUUUCUGUCAUUUUCCUGGAUUUUGAUUGGUUCUAAAGUAAUAUAGGCUAAUGGCAAUUGAAUUUGACGAUAGUUCUUUUCAUAACUUGUUUUUUUAUCUAAUGAAAUGUGCUAAAGAUGAAAUGCUUUAUUAAUUUUUUUGUAUAGCCUAAAAGAGUAAAUGAUCAAACAAAUUUUAAUAUUGUACACAUGCCAGGGUUACCAAUUCAAUAAAAAAAAGAUACGAACAAAACAGUACUUAAAAAUUGUUACAGUCAAUCACAUUUUUUUUAAUGGACACAUUUUUAAAAAUAAACUUUUUGAAAAUGUGAAGCUAAAAAAAUUCAAUAAUUGAUCGUGGGCCCUUAAGAUAUAGAAGAAGAAGAAGAAGAAUUGUGACAACAAAAAAAAAUUGAGAAAGGUUUAGUUUAGAUAUCGUAAAAAUAAUACAAAUAUUUUUAUUUAACUCUUUGCAAACUGAUCUUUUGUCAGACUUAAGACAUGCUUCAAUUCUAGUGCAUGAAAAAAUAAAUACUAUUAAAGAAAACCAUAAAUAUCUUCAAAACUAAUAAUCCUAUACCCUAGAUUUUGAUAUCAUAUCAUUGAAAAAGAAUUGAAAGCUAAAUCAAAAUAUGAAACAUGUAACUCAAAUUUAGAGAUAUUGUUUAAAGACUUACUGUGAAGGAAAAAAAGAUAUAGGGGCAAGCAGUCUGAGUGCAUCCAAUUUGAUAUUUGGCAUAUCAGGAACCACUAGGUAAAGAGGUUAUAGUAUUGUUAUAAAUCAAUUGUGGAAAUAAUAUGAAACCAUGCAGGGGUUAACUAUUAUCCAUGCUAAAAGAAUUAAAAGUACAGGUAAAAAAUCAAACACAUAAAUAUUUUUGCCAUGAUAAUAAUAUUAAUAAUUGAAAAGAGUUAAGGUAGAUAGCAAUUUGAGUUCAGCAUUAAAAAAAAAACCAUAGUAGUAAGUUGGUUCCUGUUCUUUAUGAUUGCAGGCACUAAAGUUAAUAAUUCAGACCUGUUAUACUCAUUAAUUUUUAGUUUAAUUGGGCUUUGUUUACUACCUAAUUUUUACAUUAUAUUGAUCAGGGAAAUAAAUUCAUUGAUUUUGAUGUAAAUAAAAAUGUAAUGCUCCAUGUACAAUUUUACUAUUAUCAGUUAUAGACUAAAAUAAAAUAUUGUUCAUGCCAGUAGAUAAUCCUGUUUUUCUACUAAAUGAGAACAGAGCAAUUUUAAAAAAUGAACAAUUUGGUGGUAGAUUUUUUGCUCUUGUGAAGUGCAUAAUCUUUUCAUUUAAAUUUUGUUGUUGUUAAUGGUACAAGCUAAAACAAAAUGAAUUUAUUAAAUCAAACUGCUUUUUUAAAGAAAGGAACUACAUGUGCAUUAUUGUGGCUGUAGUUUCUUGUCCAUUACUCCAUGUUUUUAAUAAAAGCAUAGUGACCUGCGACCCCCCUGAUAUCUUUAAAUCAUCAUCACAGCAUAUACUCCUUCUAAAGCCCAUUCGUUCAUAAGCAGGCACACCUUAUUUUGACUGGGAUAAGCCUUAAAAGUGUAUAAUCUCAUAAACUGACCCCACAAAAUAAUAUGCUAAAGUAAGGCCAUACCGCAAAAUAAUAUCUUGAAAUCCUGGCUUUUAAAAAUAACUGUUGUGUAAGUAAAAGACUUUAAGAUAGACUAAUAAACAUACAGUACAUACAGUAACAGUAUGUUAUACCAACGUUCCCGAAUUGGUGGUCCGCAGGUGGUGCCGGUCCAUGAUCCUUACUUUGCCGAUCUGCACAACAUUAGUCAAGAAACUUUGAUUAGAGAACAUUUUGACUCUCAUUUGAAAACAAAUUUUAAAAAAUCUGGAUUGUUUUAAGCAUAAAAAUACCCCACUUUGUACGCAUCAAAAGGAGCCCGGGAUGCUAUUUAAUGAACAUUUUAUGCAGCGUCACAAGAUCAUGCCUUAACUUGCAACUUCAAGUAAUGUCUCUAUAUAAAAAAUAAAGGUUGCCAGAUAACAAACAUAACUGCUGUAGAAGUCCACUGAAUGCAUGUAACUGAAGUGGAUAGCACUGGUUUGCUAUAAUUUUCAGCUCCAUUGAUGCCCAAAAAAUCUUGCAUGUUUGUAGCGCAUAUUUUCAAAAUAUAACUGGUCAUAAAUGAACUUUUAUUGAGCUGAAGGAUUGAAGAUGAUUUUCACCACCAUUAAAUCACUACCUUAGCGAUACUGAUUUUUUGUCCAUGAACAUUAUUAAAACAUAGGACGUGAACAAAAUUGAUAUUCAUUCUCCUUGGCUUGUAAAAUUGUCUAAAAUUGAAUCACCACUUAAUUUGCUUAUCAAAAAAGCAUGCCCACAUUUCUCAUUAAAUAGUUGCUGCUAGCUAAAAUGUUUUUUUACCCUCCAUUUGUUUUUUAUUCCCAAUUAAAGUUUAAGUUAUUUAAAAUUGUUUUUAAAAAAAAAGGAAAAACUCCCAUUAAAGUUGAAGUUUUUGUUUUAAAACAGCCUAAAAAAACAUAUGUUAAUGGCCAGCAUUAAAUUGUAAAGCUAAUCGAGUUCUAGUGAAUUGGCUGAAUACAUAUAAAAAAUAUUUUAUGAAAUUUUAAGAUACAGUUAAAAAAAGAACUAUACUUAAUAAAUCUAGUACCAGUCCCUGUUGCAAUAGGAAACUUUUUCACCAAUCCGCCUAACUUCAAAGAUUGGGUAUUAGGCAGUUAUUUUGUAUUUCUAACAUUACUGAACAUUUCCAAAAAUAGGUGACUGCGGCUUGGAAAGAAAUACCUGGUCGCAUUGUAAUUGCUGUGUUUUUUAAUGCUUGUUUUCUACUUUCAAUAUAAAGUAACAAGAUUAGGUAAGUGCAGAUAACAGUCUGGUAACUGUUGUUAAAUAUAGGUUAGGUGUUGGUACCUAAGUGGUAUGUAAAUGGGAGUUGUUCAGACUAUUAUUAAAAUAUAUUUUUAAACUGACAUUCAAUGAAGGUACAUUGAUACACCUUAUGCACAGCCAAUCACAUUAGUCACAAAAUGAGAAUAAAACUUAUGACCCAAUUUUGCACUGAGCUUUAAGGUGACUUUUCGGUAAAUUACUUUUUUCUUCAUUGUUUUCUAUAAUUGAAUCAAUAUACCGAGAGAAAAUCAUACAAAUCUCUAUGAGCCCCUCAAAAGCAUAACACCCCCUUUUCUCCCAGAAAAUUUUUCCCCGAAAUCCGGUUUAAGGAAUGAGCAUAUUAAUUAUUAUAAGUAUUGUUGCAUUUGACAACCUCACAUAAAAUUGAUCAAAACCAACUGUAAACAUUAUAAGACUGAACAUUAUUUUACUUAUACAAAUUAAUUUAGGUAAUGAUAUUCAAAUGUUUCUUUGUCCUGGGGGGACAAGCUGUGGCUAUUUGAAUUUAAAAAUUUUAAAGUUUCGUUAACCCUUUACAACUACAGGGUUUUCAACUUCCAGUUUUAAGUUUAUUUUGGAUUUUGACCAAUCUGAAUUCCUGCAGGAUUUUAGAUGUUCAUAUAUUAAGAUUGUCUGCUUUAAAGUUUUUUGAAAAACUUAUUUAGCACUGACUACCUGAGUAUUGAAUUAAGUUUUAGAUUAUUGCCUUGCACUACCCAAUUCACAGAUAAUAUCAAAAAUUGAAAAUGACCUUUUCUUUUGGGCUAGAAUGACUAUGUUAAUAUGUGUCUGUUCUGUGCUUAUUGACUUUGCUCACUAUCAAUCAGAGUCUGAUUUUAAGGCAUAAAAUAACUACUCUGACCCAAAAUCAGAAUUCAGAGAAUAAUCAAGUAUUAUCAAAAUUCAUGAAGUUUAAAAAAAAUUAUUAUUUAAAAAAAAGGAUUUGGCAACACUCUUCUACUCCUUUUCUCAGAGUUUAAAAGAAAUGGGAACUAGCAAUAUUUAAAAGUGAGAUAAAAUUUAGUAAUCAAAAUUAAACAUUAAUAUGUUUAUGUGACUUGCAGCUAGAUGGAAAUUCAAAACAAGUUUUUGUGCCAUAUAUUAACAGGCAUGGUGCUAGUUAAGUGGUUAAAUGAAAUGAAACUAUCACCAGAAUCAUCAUUUAUAUUUACAGAAUCUUAUAUUCACUAUGUACCUUUGGGCUUUGUCCAGGACCACCACAAGUUGUUGGUGUAUACAAAAACAUAAAAAUAAUGAUUUAAAUAUACAUAAAUAGAAUGUGUGCUAAUUUUGCUGACAAUAGUGGUUAAUAGUAGAUUAAUUUCUAAUAAAGGUAGUUCCAAUUAGUGCAGAAGCCAUACAUGUCAAGAAUAAUAAUGUGUCAGUAUACAAGUUAUUGUCAUGUUCCUCUUACAUGGAAAUUCUUUAUUUUUAUUGUUUCCAUUUAUUGUCUUGUUGUGUUAUUCAAAAAUUUCAUAACUAUGCUAUUAGUUGUAUAACUUUUGCACUGUUAUGUAUGACACUUUUUCCCCCUGCGUGAACUUUGCUUGACCCCUAGCCCACGCUACGUUCAUAGAUGGGCGUGGCCUAUUUGUUUAAUGUAUCCUGUUUACUACCGAUUUCCAAUUAAACAUGGUUAGUAUGUCUAUUAGUAUCUCAUGGAACGUUCUCCUUUGUAUUAGAAAAGUAAAGGCGUUUCUAGACGCGUCGGUAGACCCACAUAUAUAAAUGAUUGAUAGACACAGAGAGGAUGGAGAUUGAUAGAUAUUUUUAACUUCACGAGACGUGUAUUAUUCUUUGUGUACUUAUAUGUGUUUAUUCGCAUUGAUCAUUGGUCAUUAUUCAUUGGCACAUUGUACUAACUGUGUUAACUGUGUACCGGUACAAGAUCUACCAUACUGUAAGUUGAUGAUUUGUAAUUAUAUUUCUUUUGUUUUGUAAUUGUAUUAUUACUAAAUUAAAUCUUAUUAAUUGUAAUUGGUACUGUUUUUGGUGUCGUACUUUUGUUGUUAUUUUUCUAUGGUAUCGUCCUUUGUUAGGCACUGUUUGAACGAGCCAUAAAUUUAAAAUAGGAGAAUAAUUUCUCACAAGAGAAGCCAGUGCGUAACAGCACAUAAUCAUUUUUUUUAUUAGUUAGUUAUUUUUGCUGUCUUUUCAAAAAGUAUAUUGGUUGUUGUUUUCUGCUUUUCAUCUUCUCCUGAUUUUUCUACAUGUAUCCUUGCCCUUUUCUAAGUUGCUUUCAGUGGAGUCAGUCAGUCUCAUAGCACUGGAGCAGAUUUGACUGAGUAAGAUUUUAAUUGCAGUGUCAAUUCAGCCAAAGUCCCUAAAAUGUUUCAAGAAAAUUCUCUCCGCUAUUAAGAUCAGAUUUUUUUUAUUUCUUCUUUAGAUUAUCAGAUAUUCACUAGUGCCAGGCAUAAUGCUGUCCCGUUUAUUUCAAGCACAUGGCCAGCUGUGUGCAAGCCAUCCAUGGGAAGUUUUAAUUGGUACACUGACCAUUACAAUCUCUCUUAUGUCUAUGAGCCUAUGGGCAAUAAACAGUAAGGUCUGCGGUUGGAACUAUGUGUGUCAAAAUGAAGAGGUAUGUAUGAAAGUAUGAUACUUUGAUAACUGGGAAAAUAACAUGGACAUUAUCUAAAAUAAAUAGAAUUAUGAUUGAUCCCACCCCAUGACUGUUUUAAAAAUAUUUUUUUAGAGGUGAUUAUUAUUAAGAACAUUAGAUAAGUUCAUACAGCACUAGCUCUUAAAAUCAUAUAUAACAGAUAAGAUGAAAUAAGGUAAGAUUCUUUUAUUGAUCCAAAUAUUUUGAGAUGUAUUUUGAUUACAUUGUAUAUAAUUCAUUUUCAGCACUUGGAUAAUUUUCUUGAUUUAGAUAACUUUUAAGGCAGAACAAAAGACAUUUUAAGUAUCUCUCAAUCUCAAAACUAGCCAUCGUGUAUCAUAAAUUCUGAUUUCCAUAACAACAUUUUUUACUUUAAGGGGAAUUAUGUUAUUUUGUAACUGCUGGGCAAGCAUGCUAGUACAUUCUGACUAUUUGGGAACAGAUGAAUGUCUUUUUAGUCCUCACUUUGAGGGAAAGAAUUUUAUGAUGUAGUUGGUGGGACGUAUCCUCCAAAAUUUUUAAGUUAAACAAAAUCAUAUAGCUUAAAAUAACUCUUCAAUAAAUACAUGUGAUUUAAUAAAAUCUUACGAAAUAAAUCACUCCAGUUUUAUUUGGUCAAAAGUACAGGACUAAAUGACUAAAAUUAUAUUACUUUCAGGAGAUGAAGAGCUCAGACAUGAUCAUUUUGUCUCUCACACGUUGUCUUGCCAUUAUGUAUGUUUAUCUACAAUUUAGAAAUCUAAGAAAACUAGGAUCCAAAUAUUUAUUAGGUAAGUAAAAUUAAUUAGAUUUUUUUCAUGAUCAGCAUAAUCCACUUAUUCAACUCUUUUAAUCAAAAACUAAAAAAAGAAAUUAAAAAAAAAACAAAACAACUUUGUUAAAAUUGAAGGGAAAAAAAAUCAAGAUAUCAAAAUCCCACUAUGUAUUUAUCAGCUUGUAGUAUAGCUCAUCAACUAAUUUUGAACUCAGAAAAAUCCUGAUGGAUAAGUUAGAACUCUUGGAGAGUUAUUUUUAAAUUUGAUUCUAAUUAAACAAAGGCUCCUUGGGUGCCUAAAGCAGUGCAAUAUUAACCACAAUAGGAUAAAACUUUACAUGCAUUUUUUAGCUGACAGAAAUAAUAAAUCUAAACAAUAUUUUCAACUAGAUCACUAUCAUUGAGAUAAAAUUAUAUUUCAAUAUACAGAGAAACUUUACUAUAGCACAAUAAUAAGGGUUCAUUGUGUUUUACAAUAUUUUGGGAUUUUCAACAAAUAGGAAAAUAGCUGAUUUCGUUUUUGGUUAGUGAUUUAUGUGGUGUUGAUUUGUGAUUGUUAUUCAAGAAAAUACAUUUUUUAUACCAUUUUGAAAUAAAAAGUUUUUGGAGCCAUGUCUUGACGGUGUUAUUUGCAAAUUUGCAUUAUCAGAUGUUCUGUUAUGUAAUAAAAAACACCAUGGUAGUCAUAGAAGUGUUGAGACAUAUAUCACAUAAUUUCUAUGUUUGUUUUAUUUACUUCAUGGUAGAAACUGCGGAAAAUUGUUUGUUUUUUUUAGAAAUAAGAUUUAAUAUGCAAAGAUUUUAUGUUGUGAUCCACUGUAAGAUUCGAGCCUUCUCCUGUGCCAUUAAUUAUUGGACUUCAACAGUGAUUUGAAAAAAAUACUUUUGUUUUAAAGACAAUAUCAAUGGAUUUUGAUAUUCAGGCAAGUAAAAUUUAUUUUUAUUUAAUUGGCUAUGUCUUUUAACUUACUAACAACAUUUACUUGUUUUUUUUUCCUUUGUCUAACCUGCUUUCUUUUGGGUAGUUUAAAAAACUUUUUAAAUUACAUUUGUGUUUCAGUAUAAACUAUAUUGAGUAAAUUUAUUUUAGAAGAAAGAAUAUAAGAAUAAGGAUGGGAAAAUAUAUUCAACCUUUAUAUUUAUUAAUAAUUGUUUUUAAAAAUAUUUUUCUGAACAUUCUAUACUUUACUGAACAGUAAAUACAACUUUUAAGUUAUUUAGACUGAAAAAAUACAAGAGUCUGAAUAAUGCUUGCAGUGUUUAAUUUAAUACUCAUUUAUACAACUUAUAACUUAUAACCCUUAUAAAUAAUGCACACAGAAAAACAACAGUUCAGGUUACAAUGGUAUUUUGUUCAAUGUUCAUAGUGCUGUUACAGUAUAUCGAGUUACCAUGCUGUAUUUAAAACAUAUAGAACAACUCAUGACACAAAUGCAUUAAUUUAUUAUAUUUUUCUUAUUCAGCUUAUCGAGCCAAGAAAAACAGUUCGGUUAAGAGAAAGCAACUUUCUGAACUUGACACAGAACUACAUCUAUUGCAUAGAUCAAUCAUGUGGUGUUGGAAGUUAUUACAUCUUUAUAGGCGAUUAAAAAAUUCCCAAAACCUGUGAACCUAUGAUAAUAUAACAAGCACAUGUUAAAUUUUAUCAAAUGAAUUCAUGAUUAUUCUUGAAUGCAUGACUGAAGAUUACCCGUACAACAAAUCUUCUAUAUUUUUACUUGACAAUAAUAGACAUGAUUCACUACAGCAAGAAUAAAGUGGUGUUUCUGCCAUUGCUGUCCAUAUUUUAAUAUUUAAGUGUAGAAGUUUCAAAAAAAUCAUCCGAAAUAAUUUGUUGUCAUUGUAGCUCCUAAUAAGAAACACCCUUACCAAUUAUAAUUUUUUUUUUUACCACACUAUGAAAACUGUUUAGAGAUUACGUAAGAUUUCAUUCUUUGCCAACAGUGAAUAGAGAAAAUGAAAGGAAAUUUGCCAGUCAGGAACAAUCCAAAGAAGUCUUGCCUAAUCAGAUAGCCAAACAGAUAUGUCACCAGGUGGUUUCAUCCACAGAACAUAAAAUUAAUACAUAAUUUAAUGUGCUAGAAUUGAGUCUUAGCACAUACCGGUAUUUAUAUUUAGAAAUGGAGAUGUGCAUUUGGUGGCUUUUAGUUGCUGGUUAUUAAGGUAACAACUGAUGAUAGAAAUGGGAUCACACAAGGAAUUUUCACUUAAAUUUAUGAAAGCAAUUUUGCAUAACAAUUUGUGAAUAAUGUAAAAUAUGAAAUUUUAUAUUGUUAACACAUUUUUUUUUGUUUACACCUAACCUAUUAAUGGAAAAGUAAAGGCUUUAUUACAUGCUAAAGUUAAAACUUGAAAAACAAAAAAUGCCUGAAGACAAGCACUAAAAAGGUGGAGUGUAUUUGUAAUCUUUAAAUGCAAUAAAAAAAAAAAAACUUAGUUAAAUCAAAGAUUAUUUUAUUUUAAACAAAAGAAUUUCAAAACAAUUCAAUUUAAUGAGCUAAAUUAAAUUAAAUUGUCAUGCAAAUUAAAAGUUUAAAAAUGCAUAAUUUUUAUCCCGUUAAACAUGUGAUAUGCAUCUAGUGGAUUUUUAUUUUUAAUUAUUUAUUUUUAAAACAAAAAAAACUCAAAACGUUUAGUUUAUUAAUUUAUUUUUUUUAAAGUAUUUGAGCUUCAUUAAAAUCUGUUUGUAGUGUUAUAAUAGUUUAAAAAAAUUAGUUAGUUUUUAUUUUUCUAUCACCCUCUUAUAAUAACUUAUCUUGUGAAAUUUCUCAUAAUUUGAAGCCAUCAAAAUAUUUAUAAAUUCCACACUCAUAGUUUAAAGAAUAAAAGAUGAAUUAAAUAAUUUAUUUCUAUGAUCUGUGUUCGGAUUGGUGUUACGAUUGUUUCCAUAAGAAAUAUGACUUUUUGAAUUAUUUAUGGUGUUGUGUACUAGUUUUUAAAAUCAUGCAUAAAUCUAAAUAGUAAUACACCCCUAACGUCAUACAUGUUAUUUUAAAUAAGUACUUUUGAAAUAAAGAUAAAUGCUUAAAUACUUGAUAUGUCUUAUUAUAAAAAUAUAUUAGAAAACAUUGCUUGAAAAUUGAUUUUUAGAACUUGUAAAUUGCCUUUAAAAAGAAGACUAGAUCUACCGGGUAAUUAAAAAAACUAAUUUACUCUUUUUCAGGUUUGGCUGGUAUAGUUACAAUAUUUUCAAGCUUUAUCUUCAGUAUAGCCAUUGCAAAUUUGAUUGGUUUUGAUUUGAAUGGAUUGAAGUGAGUAUAUUGCCUUUAAUUAUCAUUUGAAAAAGAUCAUUUAUUUUGUUUAAGAAGCUGUCAUAAAUAAAUGAAACAACUGAUAUUUCGUUUAAAGGUAUGGAACACAUGAUAUAUGUUUUAAACUGAUGGGAUGAUGGAUUUAUGCACACUGAGUACAAAAAUAAAAGAUAUCUCUAACAGCAAGCAUGCUCUGUAUUUAGUGAUUAAUAUAUUUAACAUAAAGUCAAACAAGAAAGCUAUUAGAACUUCAUAGUUUCAUUCCUAGAUCUUUAAUGACAGCUCACAAAAAAAACAAUGUGGCUUCUGGCUGCAAUAAACACAAAUAAUUACUCAAUUAUAAUAAAAGGGAAGUAACUUUGACGAUACAACACAAUCAUAAUAUAACAGUUCGCUUAUAAUCAUUAGUCAACAAUUUCCAUUUCUUGAUAUGAUUACUGAACUGAUUCCUCCCUAAUUUUUUUCAGUGAAGCUUUGCCAUUUUUCCUUUUGCUGGUGGAUCUGUCUAAAGCCAGUGCUUUGGCUCGCCUUUCACUUACUGCUGCAAAUCAGCUUGAGCUUCAGAAAAAAAUAGGAAGGGGAAUGGCUAUUAUUGGUCCAUCAAUUACUUUGGAUGCAAUAGUUGAGACUCUGGCUAUUGGGGUUGGCACUCUGUCUGGUUAGUUGCAUUUUAAUUCUCUUAGUAUUUGAAGAUCAAAAACUGAAUUUUGAAAUUGUUAAGUUCUUACUGGUAAAAGUUAAGAUCUACAACUAAAUUUUGAUUGCCUCCUCAUUCCCAGGCGUCAAGCAACUGGAAACCAUGUGUUGUUUUGGCUGUCUCUCAGUGAUUGCUAACUAUUUAGCUUUCAUGACCUUCUACCCAGCCUGUUUAUCCCUUGUGCUUGAAGUAAGUCAAUAGAUAUAGAAGUCUAUAGAUGUAAUAGAAAAAAUGCUCUUUGUGGGGGAUGCAAGACAUAUGCACAAAAUGAAGCUUAUUAAGGCGAUAUGUAUGAGAGAGAAGGAAUAGAUUCAAGAUAUUCACUGAAGGUAAAUGCUAACAUCAGUGUUGCAAGAGACAGAAAUACCAUCUUUCUUAAUGCAAAGAAGGAUAGUUAGAAUAAAAGUAAAAUUGAAAUGAAGCUUAAGUCAGGUUUUGUCCUGUAAAUGCAUUCCAUGAAAUUUGACAUGGAGGCCUUCUUGUCUCGGAUGCAAACCUUCAGGCCCUUAAUAACUCAAUUUAAAAUCAUGUUUCCUUUAAUCCCUAAAAUGCCACCUUGCACAACCUGGAGAUGAUAGCAUUCAAGGUUUUGGUCUGAGACAAACUGGUCUUUUAUUAUACUUUUCCGGGUAUUUCAGCCAUUUGCUAAUAAAUCAUCUUAAAAACAUCUCCAGGUAUCUAGGGACCGCAACCAAGGCAAACCUUUGCAGCAAUUACAGCAGCUGGCUAAAGUCCUUCAAAAGGAAGAGGAGGAGAAGAAACCUAAUCCUGUUACUCAACGAGUUAAAAUCAUAAUGGUAUUAAAAUAAUGUUCCAUUAACACAGUUAACAAUAUAUACAUUUUAAGACAUUUUAUAAGUUUAUAAUCAAAUGAUUGUCAUAAUAUUGAAAAUUAGUAUACAUUUAUUACAAUUAUAUUUUUUGGCAAGUGACAGAAAAUUUUAUCUUGUUAAUGUUCUACUUAAAGAGUUGACAUGACUGACCAUUACUUUGCACACUAAGUAAUUUUGAUAUUUACAUUUGUUUUAUUACUUGAUUGUCUUCAGUCUGCUGGAUUGGUCCUCGUGCAUGCACACAGCCGAUUGAUUGCUGAAACUAAUGCUGCUGCUGUUAGUGUUGGUGGACUCAUGUCAACUGGAGAUCAACCUAUUCAUCCCUCAAUUCCACUUUGGAAAUUUUAUGUCAGUAGGUGAGUACAUUGCAUUUCUUGUUUGCUUCUGUGGGAAAAGUAUUUGACCCACAGCAUCAAGCUGGAAAGAAUUCUUAUUAAAAUAAUUUCCAGCUAUUUUAUUAUUUUUGUGUUGUUAUUAUUCAUAGGAGUUUAAAAAAAUAAAUUAUUUCAUAUUUCUUAAAUGCAAUAAUAAAUAAAAUGUGACCUUUUUCAGAUUUCUUACAACUAACUUUGACUAUGGUAUUACGUUAGCACUUGGUGCAGCCCUAGCAAUCAAAUAUGUUUUGUUUGAUGACAAAGUGGAUCAGGAAGUACAGAAAAUGCUCAAGGCGCAAGAUGCCAGUGAACAGUUGCAACCAUGGUCUAGGGGACAAUGUAAGUCAAGGGAAUUACAAUAAUAAUUUUCAAUUUUUUCUACAAAUGCCCUUACUUCAAUCGAAUAAAAAGUCGUCAAUUUAUUAUCUACGGCAAAGGUUUCCACAAUAAGAGUAUUUCAUGAAUUUAAUGGAUAUCAGUUGUGGCUUGGUUAAUUUUUGUUGUGCAAUAACUGGUGCAUUUGUGAUAAGUUUGAACAUGGAUAGACAUAAUUAAUUUUAGGAUAUGGAAGAAUUAUUUUUUAAUAUAACUUAUGUAUUUCUGAUAGAUAGUUGUGGUCUAAAUUCUAACUGCCUUUAAAUACUUCUUUGUUUGCUCAACAGGCAAUGGUGUGAAAAAGGUAGCUUCUGAAACGGCCCAUCACGUCACGGAAGUAGUAGAAAAGGCUCAACAGAUGAAAGCACUGGAAGUAGAUGAAAAACAAUUGAAAGCAGGGUUUAAUGAAACACCACAACUGAAAAAAACAACAGAAGCAAAAACAGAACAGGAGAUGGUUGUAAAAAACUCAUCCCAAAUAAAGAGAGAGGCAUUACACAAAGCUGCCUUCUUUCUAGGAGCACAGGAAGGGGAGGAAAACAGCAGUUCAGAGGAAGACACUAAAGAGGAGACUGACAGAACUUACAUUAAUAAAGAAACACAGACAAAUGGUGACCUUAUUUCUAAUGACCAGACCCAAAUCAGUGGAGCCUUAUCCAAAUUUUUCUAUGUGCCUAAAAUAUCAGACAAGGCUCCUCGAUCCUUGGAGGAAUGUGUUUCCAUUAUGAACUCUGAUGUGAGUGUAAAUCCAUAUCACUAAUUACUUAAACACUUUUCCAAUUACAUAAUAAUUUUAUAUCUACUGAGCCUUUUAUUUUUCAUGUGAACUGCUUGGUUUUAAUACUGCCUUGACAAAUCUCAUUACUCAAGUUUCCUUGUUACCAGGAAGGUCCUGAUUCUCUUACUGAUGAAGAAAUAAAAAUGCUUGUGAAUUCUAAGCAUAUUCCUGCAUAUAAACUUGAGAACAUGCUUGGGAACCACAUAAGAGGUGUUGCCAUCAGGUAAGGAAAUCAUGAUGCUGUUACAAUUUGUUUCUGUACUAAAAUUCCCACUUGCUAUUGAUUCUUUCAAAAUUUUAUUUUUAAAUUAGUUAGGCUAAGGUUACAAUAUUUACACUUAAUAUAGCUAUGAAGCUAGCUUAAUCUAAUUAAAUUUAUAAACAUAAAUUGCAUAACACAGUACAAAGGAUGUACUUUCUUCUCAAUGGUUGCUGAAAACAUUGUUCUGGCGGUCAAAUUAUAUAUUCCAAACACUGUAUUCAAAAUUUCUUAUAUUAGUAAUUAAUAAAUAGAGUUAUUUUAAUUUUUUUAAAAUAUGGUAGAUUUAUAAAAAUGUUACGAUUAUUUCAGACGUCAGAUGUUGGUUGCACAGCUAUCUUCAAAAUCUGCUCUGGAUUCUUUGCCUUUCAUGCACUAUGAUUAUAAGUUUGUAAGUAUAAAUAUUUUGUUCAACUAAAGUGUAGUUAUAAUUAACCAAUUCGAUACCCAUUUACAGCAGUGUGCGUUACCCUGAUUUUGUUUGAAUACGUUUAACCACAGAAUGCGACAUCACUGGUUUGUUUCAUGGCCUUAGGGUUUUAACUUUUACAUUCAACUAUUUUAUUUAUAGCUUUCUAAACUUUUAUUCAGAAAAGUCUCAACCUCCUUUGUUUGAAAUUUCUGGCGGAUUGUACUACUUUAGUGUAUUAUUUGCUAGUUCUUUCACGUUUUAAAUAUUGUAAACAAUCAUCAGCUAAUUGUAAUGGCUUCAACAAGUUGUACUGAUACUAAUAUUAGGUCUGCUCGCUCAAGAUUUAGAUGUAUGAAUGUCGAAGAAGCAGGCCUCUAGCCACAAAGAAACCAAAAUUAUGCCAAGGUAAAGGAAAGGAAAAUAUGGUAUCACAUCUAGUUGACCAACUAGACCUAGUUCUACAGUUAUAUGAAACUUAGGCUUAACUCAAAAUGCAAGGCAGAGGUCUAGCUCUAAUCUCACUACAGAGUCUGAGUGGUCAGAAGUUAAAACUGGACAAACUGAAAACAAUUUUCGAUUUCACCCACUUAGAACUUCUGGAGUUUGUCUAAAGCUACAAAAUAUUGAAAACCCUACUCCUAUCGAUUUCUUCAAUGCAUUAUUUGAUGAUAAGGUCAUAAUGUAAAGGAUUACAUUGUUGAAUCAGUAAACGCUUAUGGCAAAAUAAAUGUACAAGUUAACAAGAUGCUCUGUAUUUAGUAGAUGGAAGGACAUAUCAAGACAUAAACUAGAUAAGUUCAUAGCCGUUUUGAUUUAUAUGGGGAUGUAUAAAAGGCCAACUCUUGAGGAUAAUUGGUCUGUGUCUGCUGAAUCCUAUAUCCCUUGGAUACACCAUGUAUUUAACAGACAGGGCUUUCAGGACAUUCAUCACUCCAUGCUACACUGUGGAGAUGAAACAUCCGAAGGCAAGGAUAACAUUAAAUCUUUUAUGAACCUACUCCUGAAUAAGUUCAAAAAUGCAUUUGACCCCUUUCAGGAACUUAGUAUAGAUGAAAUAGUAACAGGCUAUAAAGGCAGAUGGUGGUUUCAACAAUACAAUGUCAGUAAGUCUAGCAAGCACCACAUAAAAACAUUUGGUCUGUGCAAUUCCUUCACUGGUUAUGUUGUAGACAUUUUGACAUAUUUUGGUGCAAAUACUUCAUACUAAAGUAGAUAGAUAUGAAGGAGAAGCUGUCCAAAUUUUUCACACUCUGCUUCAUCAUGUGGGUACUGGUCACAAAAUUUCCUUGCUAAAAAUCAAUAGUAUACUGUAGGCCUGCACAACUCAAAAUGUAAGGUGGGCCAUAAUACUUUAUAAAAAACUUGUGCGGGCCGUAAGAAUUUAUGUAAAACUUGUGGGGGCCAAAAGAUAAUAGGACAGGGGCAAAAGCUAUUAAGAAAAUAAUAAUAAAAGGAAUGUUUCGUUACUUCGCGGGCCACCAAGUGGAGGCUCGCAGGCCGCAGGCGGCCCGCGGGCCGUAUGUUGUGCAGGCCUGGUAUACAGGAACGCUUAACAUUAACCAUGUUGGCUUUCCACUGGUGGUUAAGUCUUUAUCUUUACAACACAACUUAGCAAUUUCUUGAGCUAUUGCAACAAAACUUUCCUCAUACUUUGGGUAUAUAAUAAGGCUUAUUUGAUGAAAAAAUGAUCUCUUUUGGAUUAUUCUUACCUGACUUAUGCGCUGGUGAGUAGAAAAAAAAAACAUAUUAUCCCUUAAAUUUUUCUCUAAAUAAUUUUUGGUCACUAUUUUAUAAAUAAAAACAUAUUCCGGGUUUAAUUAGCUAAAGUCUGAUAUGCUACAUGACAAAGGUUUGAUAAGCAGAAAGAGGGAUUUUAGGUUAAAAAUCAUCAGGUUGAAUGGAAUUUUAGUCCCAUAAUUUUACUACCUUCCACUGAAAAAAUAUUACUGAAUGGGUUAAACUUUAAAUGACUUAAUUACAAAAUUUUAUCAAAUGUUCCACAUUAGAAAUCCCAAACAAAAUUUUAAAAUAUUGUUUUAAAACUAAGUAAUGUGUUUUUAAGCAGUUCAUAUUGCACAUUUCCCCCCUUUCUCAGUAUGUCACCCUUUUACAACACUAGCAAUCCAACUUCCCAGGUCAGAAUGGUAUAUUAAUAUUCUAAUAUAUGUACCCACUAGACAACUCCACUUAUCCAAUAGUGGCAAACUCUUGAUACCACGUGUUUACCUUGAGACUUACGGAAGGCACACAUUUGCAUUUGCUGGCUCAACAAUUUGGAACACACUUCCUGUCGCUCUUAGAAACAGCCAGACAGUCUUUCAAAACCGAUUUGAAAAUAUAUCUAUUUUGCAAACACCUGUUGGGGUGAUGUUGUCUACCAUCUUUUCCAGCUAGCUUAGAUUGGGUAUUCUUGUAUGUAGUUUUUGUAAUGUUGCGUUCGUAUUUCAUGUGGUAAAAUAUGGAUUUUUCUUUUCUCUUUUAAUAUGGAUGACUUUGUACCAUGCUUCGAGCCUUUGGGGAUGAAGCGUGAUUUUCAAAUAAGUUUUAUUAUUAUUAUUAUUAAUAUCCCAUUCUAAUAGGGUUUCUCUAUUCACCCCUUCGACAGCUUUGCUCCUCCGCAGACACGUGUAUUCUGUCUGUUCCCAAGAAAACUAAAACAUGCUGAACGAUCUUUCUCUUUCUCCGCCCCCUAACAAUGGAAUUCUCUCCUACUACACAUCCUCAAUAUACAGACAAUACAGACCUUCAAAACUGCACUCAAAACAUAUCUCUUUAAACUCUACUAUCCCAACUGAUUCCCCCCUCUUACCGAUAAGCAAUGCUGCUAGCUACAUUCAAUAGCUUGACUUGUAAAAUUACUGGGGUGGGUGGGGUGAAUUUACAUUUGUUUUUGUUUUGUUGUUAUACAACUGUUUCUUAAAUAAAUAAAUGUAUUUUCUUUUUUAAUGUCAGGAUUAUGUUUGCUAAUAUUUGUAUGUACAGUGCUGUGAGCCCAGCCUAGGCAGGGGUACAGCGCUAUAUAAGACCAGUAUUAAUAAUAAUAAUAAUAAUAAUAAUAAUAUAGUUCUAGAAGUAGCUAGGACAAAAUGGUUGCCUAGGAACAAUCCCCCUCACAGGCUGUAUGAUAAAUUCACUUAUAUGGGCUGCCACUACCACCUCAAACCUCAUAUUUGUCAAUGUAAUCAUGGUCCCUAUUCUGUUUCUGCCGUUAUUUGUAACUGCUGUUAAAGCUGCAUCUGGCAAAGGCUACAGUUGGCACUGUUCGGCAGUUUGCGGCAGAUGCCAUGCAGGACCUUUGUCUGCCCAAGCAGGUCUCAGGCAUGGAGGUGAUGAACCCCAGGUAGGGCUUAGGGGUCAGUGGUAGAGCCUCUAAUAAAAAGUUCCACAAAAGACAUGGGGAAGAUGAAUAAAAUGUAACAUUCUUCUCUGGUUUAAUAGCAAUUUUAUACAUCAUAGUUUCCAUUAACUUUCCCUCCAGUUUAUUAGAACAGACAUAAAUCAUUAGAAUAAUAAUAUAUUUUACUUUUUCUGGAUACUACUCCAGUAAAGUGGACAAUUAUUUCUCAGUGUGUGCAGCAAGAAACUGAAGAAUUUAUAUGUGCUCUUUUUGGUUUGCAGUACCUUUGCUUGAGGAUGGCAAAUAUGGCAGGAAAAUUACCAUGUUAUCAACUAAUAGUUCUGGAAAAAUGUUACUUGAUUAUGAAUGUUAAUAAAACUCAUUUAGCAGAGAUAAUCGGUUAUAGACAUAUAAUUCUAAACUGUUUAUAUUUUUUUUUAAAAUGUCCAUCAAGCAUUCCCAAAGUUCAUUUACCAUUUAUUCCUCACACCAAGGUCUGAUCCAAAUGAUAUAUUUGAAUGCUUCUUGAUGGCAUUUAAAAGCUCAUCUAUUUUUAGAAAUGCCAAAUGUUAUCAGAGAGUAAAUUUGAAAGUUCAAAUAUUUUUUUGGCAAUUUAUUGACAACCAUCACCAUUUGUUCACUUCAGUUAACCUUUUGCACACACCCAACCCCAGAGUGAGGUAUUUUAUGAUGUGAGAAUUUGAGUACCUGAUUUGCUGUAUUUCAAAAUUGUUUACUCCAACCAGGUGGAGGGAGCUUGUUGUGAAAAUGUUGUUGGGUAUAUGCCUGUACCUGUAGGUAUUGCUGGGCCACUGUUGUUAGAUGGCAGCCUUUACCAUGUUCCCAUGGCAACCACUGAGGGCUGUUUAGUUGCCAGCACAAACAGGGGAUGUAGAGCUCUUCAGGUACUUGGAAACAAGCUGCACAGUUUUUAAGCUGAUAUUAUAAAAUAUCUGUUUGUGUUUUUAAAUUUAAAAAUUAUGUCUAAUAAUUAUUUUUUAUCUGAAUACAUUUUCGACUUGAAUAUUUUUAUUUUUACGUUCCUCAUUUUAUAAAAAAACUUUCUUGUUUCAUUCCAUUUAUGGUUAAAUAUUGUUUAAAAAAUUAUUUCGAACCAGUUAAUGGCAUAGAAAUGUCAAAGUUUUACAAUAAAUUUGUAAUACAUAUUCAACAGUUGAGCGGUGGAGUAUCAAGCAGUGUGACAAAUGAUGGGAUGUCUAGAGGACCUGUUGUUAGAUUUCCUACAGCUUUAAGAGCCAGGUAAAGUUUUAAACACAUCGUGUAUAUUAUUUAUUAAUUAUAUGAAAUAAAAACAAGUGAGUUCAAAAGUGUGAUUACAAAUUGCCACUUCUGCAAUAAAAAUGUUCAGGAAAUAAAUUUGAUUCAUCAUAACAAUUGAUCCAUUUUUAAAAUAAAUAAUUUAUUCUUUUCAUUUUAGUGAGGUCAAACGGUGGUUGGAAAUUCCUGAUAAUUUUGAGCUAGUGAAAGAAUGCUUUGAUACUACUAGCAGGUAUGUAAUAGUUAAUUCAUAAUAUUGCUUUGCCUUCAAAUGAUCUUAAAAAAAUGGCUCAAGAUAAUAUUUUUCUUUUUGCUUUUUUUAACUUGAGCAAUUAUUUAUAUUACUAUUUACCGAUUGAUUCGAUACAUAUCUAAAGGUCUUUUUUAAUAUAGGGAGCACAUUUUAGGAUGAAUUCAAAGCCUAUUUUAGUCUAUAGAUUUAAAUACUCUCCUCUGGCAGCAUUUUUUGUGGUAAAAAAAUUAUUAUUUAAUUAAUACGCAGAUUUGCUCGCCUUAAGAAGCUUCAUAUAGCCAUUGCCGGAAGAAGUCUAUACAUCAGAUUUGUAUCUUCUACUGGAGAUGCCAUGGGCAUGAAUAUGUUGUCUAAAGUAAGUAGACUAGAGCAGUUAAAUCUAGGUUACCCCCCUUGACACUCAUGUAUCUCUUAUCACUUAAUUAAUAUUUGCUUCACACUUUUAAAUGAUUUAUUUUUACAAUGUUUAUGAAAUCCUUGAUUUAUUGCAGGGCUCUGAGAAGUCAUUGCUAAUGUUAACAGAAAAAUUCCCUGACAUGGAAAUCAUAAGUCUUAGUGGCAACUACUGCACUGACAAAAAACCUGCUGCAAUUAACUGGUGAAUACAUUUUUUCUAUCACUUUAAGCAUCAAAUCUACACCACAUUUUUUUGAAGAAUUAUGAGGAAAGUACAAGGCAUAAAUUGCCCCAGAUGUCUUUGCAUUACUUAACAUAUUUUUAAAAGAAUGUUUAAUAAAAAUGUCAACUGUGUUCACAAGGCGUAUUUAAAUUUAAUUAGUUUCUACAACUCUGUAUCAGGCCUUAAUUCUUAUGGACCCACUUUUGCCUUAAUUGUUCAGUGCCCUCUCCAAGUGAUCUUGUAAAAAUUAAAACAAGAAAAAAGCUAUGCCCUUUGCUUAGACAGUUUAUCCAAGUAUUUAAUAUUAAAAGUCAGCUGUGCAGGAGUGGGUAAAAAAUAUUAAAAUUUUCCUUUUUUCCCUAUUUCCUGUUAUAUUGAAUAAUUUACUAAAAUUUUCAGGAUUGAAGGCCGUGGCAAAUCUGUAGUUUGUGAGGCAAUAGUGAAAUCGCAAGUGGUGAAAAACAUUCUUAAAACAACAGUCCCAGCUCUGGUUGAAUUAAACAUUAGUAAAAAUCUUGUAGGAUCUGCCAUGGCAGGUAGCAUUGGAGGUUUCAAUGCACAUGCAUCAAACAUAGUAACAGCCAUAUACAUAGCAACUGGUCAAGUAAGUUACCUUUAAAUAGUUUUAUAAAUGUCUUCAUAAAAGAAUGCACAUUUCAGUCUUCAUUUGUUGAUAUUCAUCUUGACAGGAUUUUUUAAACUAAUCAUCAAUGUAUAUGCAUCCACACUCACAUGUAUAUAUUUUUUGAAGGUCUCAGGCAGGGCAACAUCAUCACAAUUUUAUAGUUGCACAGCGGGGGGGGGGGGGGGGGGGGGAAAAAAUUUUCUAAAAUUACUUUUUGAGAGACAACUAUAUUGUACUUGAAUUUAAAAAUGUAGCUAAAAAAUAAGUAAAAAGUAUAUUUUGAAGAUUUUAAUAAUGAGUAUUUAAAAAUUGCUCAGUUGCUUUGUUACUUUAAAAAGAUUCUUGAUGGAGGAGAAUAAAAAGCCAGAUUUGGAUUUUAAAUAAAACUGCAAACAAUAUGAAAAGGUAAUAAAAUGUUUGAUUGCAUCUGUUUUGAAUCUGUUAAGGACCCAGCCCAGAAUAUAGCCAGCUCUAAUUGCAUUGUUCUGAUGGAGCCUUCUGGACCAUUGCAAGAUGAUCUGCACAUAUCUUGUACCAUGCCAUCCAUUGAAGUUGGCACAGUAGGAGGAGGAACAGUUCUUCCACCACAAGCUGCUUGUUUGGAGGUGAUAUUAUAUUUUUUAAUUCUUGAUAUUGUGAUAUGAAGUAAGAUGUUUAAUUUAUGAUGUUGAUAAUUAUUUGACUUGUAAUUUAUAUGUAAUAAUUUAAAAAUUUGUUACAAAUUUUAAAAAAAAUGAACAGGGUGGGUGUCACGGAUAAUAAUGAUUUACAAGGGAGUUAAGUGAGGUGAGAAUUAUGAGUUGUAAUUUAUAGAGUAUGGGACUUGGUAAGACGAACCAAUCAGAGAAGAGGAGUACAAAGAAGGUGGAGAAUAUGGCGGUUAUUAUUAAGACCAUAUUAUUAAUAUUAUGUGAUAAGAUAAUGAAUAUAUUGUGAUUGUGACAUUAUCAAGUGGAGAAGAUUUACUCUAAGUCUGAUAUUAAACACUGCAUAAACCGACUAAUCAAGAAAGCUAGGAACAUAACACAAACUAAACAUCCUACACUUGAAGAACUAUAUGAAGAAAGAUGUUUUUGUUUUGUAAAACUAAACACAUUUUGGAUGAUACAUCCCACCCUCUUCAUCACAGAUGCUUAGGAUCGGGCCUUUCGGGUCGAAUUCUUUCCAUCAGGGCGAGGACUGACAGAUAUAAAAAUUCUUUUGUUCCCCAAUCUGUACGAAUUUACCGGCGUGCUUCCUCUGAAGUCACACAUCUGAAUAAGAACUAAUAAGUCCUCGAUUUUGCUAAGAGAACUCACUGUAUGGCUGUUUGAAAUAAUUUACUAUAAAUGUCUUGUGUUCAAAUUGUUUUAUUUUUGUGCUGAAAAUGUAUAAUGCAAUCAAAAAACAUUUCCAUUUAUUUGGAUCAAUAAAAGAAUCUUAUCUUAUCUUAUCUAACUGAGCAAUUUGGAGAGACCAUGUGAAAAUGGUUCACCAGUAAAAUUAAUAUUAUAGCUUUUAUUGCAAAUCUAGAUAGCUCACGUUAAUGAAUGUAAAUUAUAUGUAUAAAUACAAUUAGAUUUUGAUACAUAGAUAAAAGUGAGUUGCCGUUGUAAAAUGGUCAGUUAUGACCCUUAAGGUCCAUAGUGAUCACAUCAUUCAUUAUGAAAUUUCAACUAGAACUAGUAGAACUGAAUGAGCUUUACUGUAACUCUUCUUAUGUUUUAGAUCCUUGGUGUGAAAGGUUCACAUAACCAAUGUCCUGGGACCAACGCUAGCCGUCUGGCACAGAUCAUUUGUGCUACUGUUUUAGCUGGAGAGCUAUCUCUCAUGUCUGCUCUUGCUGCUGGUCAUCUUGUUCAAUCUCAUCUGAAACACAACAGGUUUGUUAUUAAUUGCUAAUUUUUUUCAUUCUCUGGCAUUUUUUAUUUGCAUUCUCAUUUUUAAAUAAUAUGGUUUAGUUAGAGGAAAUUAUAUGAAAGUCCUAUUAAGUUCAUUUAGUUUUUUUCAGACAGUUAAAAGUAACAUCAAUAAAAAAAUACCUGUGAAAAGUAAUUAAAAAGGCUUUCUUAGUUGCCUAAAUUUGCAGUAAUAAUUGUCAAGAUUAAAUUUGUAAAAACAAAACAAAUUGCAACGACAAACUGAAAGAAAGCAAAUGUUAGCUUUAAUUUUUUAAAAUUAAUAUUUACAAAAAAGUCAGAGAAAUGACAUUUUUUUUAUUAAUGUACCAGAUUAUAAGCCCUUAUUUAGCUGCUUUAACAAGUUUAUCAAAUUUUAUUUUCAGAUCUACCUUAAAUAUGGCCCCUACAGCUGUUAAACCCAGUGAAGUUCCUGUAUUGAAGCAUGCUGCAACAACUCCUGGAAUGUGCACCAAUAAAGCUGCAUAACUUGCAUUCUUCUAAAAUAAACAAUUUUAAGUAAAUUCAUAUUACUUAAAACUGGUUUCUCUUUCCCUAUAUCUUGAUGACUUAUUGUAAUGACUGGGAUGAAUCAUUUUCUUCAUAUAUACCUUUUUGAAAAAUGAUGAAUGUUUUUAAAAUGAAUUCUUGAAAUUCUUCACUCCUUAUCAAAAGUGUUUAAAUUUUACAAAUUUGAAUGCUACUUAAUUUGAAAUAAACUUAUAAAUUAUUAGAUACAGGAAAAAAAAGUAACGAGGGAAUGAUUGUGUAACUAGGAAGUUUUAAACACAAUCUUUAAAACCACAGUGUCAAUUAAUUUUAAUUUACUUAUCUGAUUUUAAUAUAGUUUUAAAAUUACUAGUUGUGAUAAUUAUUUUAUAUUGUAAGUGUAAGUUGAUUAAAACUUUUUUUGAAGCUACAUUUACUCUGAGGUUUUGUUGCAGGCAUGUAACUCAGGCUUAAAUUUCAUGUCCUGACAAGGAAUAUGUCUUAUGAAGGUGUUUACACCGUGGCACAAUUUUGCAACUGCAGGCAGGACUUUGGUUUGAAUGCUACAAUUAUAUUGCGAAGAAAAAAACCUAUAAGAGAAAACAUGUGCAUGCACGUUUAUUUUAAUUAUAAUAAAUAAUUAACUAUUUCACUCAGUGGGGUUUGAGUUUAAGGUGACUACACAUUAAAAUGGACCUUGUGGGAUCAACUGGAUGAUCUUGACUUUGCUGAUGAUCUUGCACUUCUUGCACAUACCCAACAACAGAUGCAGGAGAAAACAAACAUUGUCGCAGCCACUUCUGCUAGCAUGGGUCUCAACAUUCACAAAGGGAAGAGUAAAAUCCUCAAGGUUAAUGCCACCAGUACAUCACCCAUUAUGCUUGAAGGAGAAGCCCUUGAGGAGGUGGACAGUUUUGUUUACCUUGGCAGCAUGGUAGAUAAACAAGGUGGUACAGAUGCGGACGUCAAAAUAAGGAUAGGAAAAGCAAGAGCAGCCUUCCAACAACUCAAGAAUGUUUGGGUCUCUAACAACUUAGGCAGCAAGUUAAAAGUAAGGAUUUUUAACGCUAUGGUAAAACCUGUGCUGCUAUAUGGAGCCGAGACAUGGAGAACAACGGCCGUAAACCUGACCAGAAUCCAGUCCUUCAUCAACAACUGUCUAAGAAGGAUUCUCAGAAUUCACUGGCCAGACAAAAUCAGCAACCAGGAACUGUGGCAGCGGACAAAACAGAAGCCCAUUGAGGAAGAGAUUCUCCAGAAGCGGUGGAGGUGGAUUGGUCAUACACUAAGAAAACCUGCUUCUAACACAACAAAGCAAGCCCUGAAAUGGAACCCACAGGGUAAGCGGAAAAGAGGCCGUCCAAGAAACACUUGGCGCCGAGAAUUGGAGACAGACAUCAAGAAAAUUGGCCAUGAAUGGAAGAUCCUGGAGAAGCUGGCCCAGGAUAGAGAUGCCUGGAGGUCUCUCGUAGGUGGCCUAUGCCCUUGGAGGAACCGCAGACGCCGACGAUGAUCGGUGGAUGCCCCUCAUGGACGAGAAGGCUCAACUUAACACAUUAAAAUGCAUUAAUGGGUCAGGGAUUUGUGCCAAAACAUUAACAAUGUCUCGUUCUGUACCCAGUAUUUGUUCCAGUGAAUAGGAACAUGUCUUAGAAACUUUUGACUAGGCAUUUGUUACUGGCACAUGUGGCCAUACAAAUAUUGCAGCCAAAAUUGCCUCAUUGUGAACGCAGCUUUAAAUUAUAUAAAAAUAAAGCUGUUAGAGUAAUUUUUUUAAUUGAUGGUUACUCCAAGAAUUCUCUAAUACUUGACAACAUUUUAAACAAUUGUGAUUUAGAAAUGAUUGUACCCAGUUUAAAAUCUGAUCUAAUUAUAACCACACUAAACGCCUAUUUGUUUGUGCCGUACCAAUAAUAAAGUGGUAAAUGUGUUAAACAACCUGUUUCUGUGGGGCUGCUUUUUGGAUACAAAAUACAAUUAUGUUAAAACAUUUAAACAAAGAUUACAAAAAGAAAAUUAUUUAUGUUAUCGUUAAAUAUAGAUGAAAAUUUUUGAAUAAAAUGUUAUAAAUAUAACAUCCUUAAACCAAAUUUUGCAGUGCAGUAAGGUAAAUAAUAUAGAUAUGAAGAGAAUUAAUUAAAAUGAUUUAAAUUUUCAAUAAAGCAGACCUUUUUGAAUAUUUCUGGAUAUCAAAGUUUGAAAGUCAUUCUUGCUUGGCUCCUUUUCGUAGAUGUUGUUUUCAAAAGAAGUUAUGUUCUUGAUUAUUCAAAAAACAAUUUUGUAUCAGAUUUUUUGUGUGGAUUCUUUAACAUUUUGUAUCAUUUUUCUCUUCUUCAAGUUUGAAAACGUUUAUAAAUUGCUUUUUAGUUUAUGAGCUUGACCAAAACUAAUACAAUUAAUUAUUUUUUAAAGAAAAAUUUGUAUUGUACAGUUUAAUAGUGUGUUAACAUUUAUGUGAAUAAUAUAUAAAUAAUAUAUAUAUAUAUAGUGUGUUCAAGUUAAUAUGUUAAUAAAUAACAUGUUUUUUCAAACUACUCCGCCACAUACAUCCUUCAUAUUUUAGGUAUGUACAAAUGAGCUCUCUACACCUCCCAAAAAAUAAUUUUAGCCCCUACCUAAAACCUUUAUUUCUUGUAGAAUAUCUUACUUUUGAUCAGUAAUAUGGAAAAAAAACGUUAUUUUCUUGGAAUUUAAACUUUUUCAAUGUAAAUUAAAAAUGCUACUUUCAUAUCCUUGAAAAAGGGUAAACAUUUAUAAUCUUUUAUUGUUAUCCAUUCCAGGUAAAUGGGAAAAAAGGAAAUAUUUUGAAAAUAUUUUAUUUUUUAAAAAAAUACUGAUAUAAAGAAAUUUUUUGUUGUUGCAAUAAUCUGAUUACUUAGCAUUUCAUCCAGAACCAUGUAACGACCCUUUAAUACAGCUCCUCAUGUUGUGGCGACCCCCCAACCUCAAAAUUAUUUACGUUGCUACUUAUAAAGGUAGAGUAUAUGUUUUUUCCGAUGGUCUUAGGCGUCCCCUGUGAAAAGACCAUUCGACCCCCAAAGGGGUCGCGACCCACAGGUUGAGAACCGCUGAUGUAAAAAAUAGCACAUGACUACCAGCUUGGCUUUGUAUUAGUUGCAAACAAAACUUUGGAUGGAUUGGGUAUCACUAAGAUAAAUUUGCAUUUUAAGAAAAAUUAUGACAGUGUGUUAAGAUUCUAUGAUGGAGAUAAUUCUGGCAUAAGUAAAUGUGUUGAGAUGACUCCUCCCACCCAAUACAGUUUCUCUUUCUCUGACCACACACCACUCACAUAUUUCCGCCCUUAAUGGUUACAUCAUACAUGAAUUACUCUAACCUUAAAUUAUAUAAUGUUAUGUUAUUCAUGUAUGUUGAGCUGGUUUACUGCUAGACAUUUGAAUGUUGUAGGUUUGUAUCCCUUUUUGUAUUGUCUGUGCCAGAGGUUUGUAACAAUUUUAACUCUCUUGUUGCAUGAUGUAAUGUCCCACAAAUGGCAUUGGUAUCUAAUGUAUUUCAACUUCUCUCAUUUGUUGAUUGAAAAUAUUGAGAGAAACCAAGAAGCACAAAAUAACAUCUUGUCACCAUCUUAAUAUUUUCUUUAAUAAAAGAAAAACAAAGCAACUUGUACAUUCAAUUGAAGAUUAAUUAAGCUUCAAUGUAAUUUAUUUAAACAUGUAAAAAAAAAAAAAAUUAAAAAGAACACCAAAUAAAAGGACGCGGUUUUGAUCAUAUGCAAAAUUAUUACCGGUACUUAUAAAAUAAAUUUUGAGCAAUAUCCGAUUUAAUAGUUAUACAUACUUCAGGGUAACAUGUACUGUGGGCAGAACUGAUAAGUAAGAGAACAAAAAUUGUCUUGUUAUGUAGUUUUAGAUAAAACUUGUGUGUCUGCUAUUUAUUUAACAUAAAAACAAUAAACCUACUUUGCAUAAAUUAAGCAAUGGUAAUAUAUACUCGUUUAUAUGGUAAAGAAAAUAGUCUGAUGCAGUGCUAUCUUUGAUAAAAUUAUUUAUUUCUCAGUCCUCAGAAAAUACCUUUGUCAGCUUUAAAUUUAUGAAGUUAAAGUUUUAAAAUUAUGAAUUAUUAUCCAAGCGUUAAUUUUAAACAUAG